GACAGCAGUUUCACCGGCUGCUCUUGAGCAUGCGCGCACCCCUCGGGCCGGCUACCUAAUGGAGAGUAAAGAAUGUGACCCUUGGGGCUGGGCAGGUCUUAGUCUUAAUCCCACACUCAGCGCGGGGCGGACAGAGUCGCCAUUGCGGGAGGGCAAGCCGGCUGAGAGCUCGGGCACUCACACCUGUCACCUGCGGUUGGCCAGUCUUUUUCCCAAGCAGGUCAGCAUGGCAGAGGAGCGAGGGUCGCUUGAACCGCCAGCUCCGGCAGAGAAUGGUGAAGAAGCGCUGAAGAAAGGCGGGAACGAAAAUGGAGCGCCGGUGGACGCAGACGAAGAGGAGAGGAAGAAGCGCCCUGCCUCCCCAGCCGGGAAGGGCGACCCUCUGAAAGAAGCAUCUGAAGAGAAAGCCUGGGAGGAAGAAGGCGGGAGCCACGGGGCGAGUCCCCUGAGCCAAAGCAGCGGAGAGGCGACCCCAAAGACCGAGGACGCGGACCAGGCGAGUUUAGCGGGGCGCCUUGCAGAGCAAGUUGGGUCAGCAGACAGUCCGAGAGCAGAAGAAACAACCAGCUCGGAAAGCCCCGAGGAAAAGUCUGAAAGCGACGCCUGUGCCGAGACUGCUGUCCCCGAGGAGCCUCCGCGGCCAGCGGGAGAGGGCCGAAGGGCAAGCCAAGCCGAGCCAGGCGACGCAGAAGACGCCCCUGAAGGAGAGGAGCCCCCGGAGGAAAGGAGCGCAGCUGAGCAAGAGGAGCUGCAAAUCCCAGGGCGGGAGGAGUGCGCCUGGGGUGAGAAAGAGGAACACGCGGAGGAAAAACGCCCCGAAGAAGAAUCUCCUGAGGUUGCUGAAGGAAGCGGACGAGAGGAGGACGAGGUAGAUGGUAACGUCCAGUCGGAGGAGCAUCGGCCGCCCGCGGAGAGGUCAGCGCCGAGCGGAGAGGAGACUCCUCGGGGAGACAGCCCUCGUAGCUGUACCCCGGUCGAAGAAACUCCGGCAGCAGAGGAGGACCUCUCUGCGGAAGAGGCAGAAGUAAACGAGGAGACCCAAGCAGCGGAGGCUGCCAUUGCGGAGGAAGCUGGCGCACAGGAUGAUCCUGAGGCGAGCGCCGAGGAAGAAGAGGAGCAGGAGCUGCAGCCCGCGGGUUCUGGGGCGACGGGAUCUCUGGGGGAGGCUGAUGAGCGCAGCAGCCGCGUACAGCAGGGCGAGCCGGUCGACGGACCCGCCGCAGGGGCUGAAGAAGUAGAUGCUCUGGGGCUGAAUGGCCUGCGAAGAAGGGCAGAGGAAGAAGCGGCUGCAGAAGGGGAGCAGGCGCCCCUCCAUGAGGCGCCCGAGGAAGAGAAACAGGAGCAUGACAUUUCUCUCUUCGUAAAGGCUGGCAGUGAUGGAGAAAGUAUUGGAAACUGCCCAUUUUCUCAACGCCUCUUCAUGAUUCUCUGGCUAAAGGGUGUUAUUUUUAACGUUACCACUGUGGAUUUGAAACGGAAACCUGCAGACUUACAGAAGUUAGCUCCAGGAACAAAUCCUCCAUUUAUGACUUUUGAUGGUGAUGUUAAAAUAGAUGUAAAUAAAAUUGAAGAAUUUCUAGAAGAAAAGUUAGCACCACCAAGAUAUCCGAAACUUGCACCAAAUCAUCCAGAAUCUUACUCUGCAGGAAAUGAUGUGUUUGCUAAAUUUUCUGCAUUCAUAAAAAAUUCAAGGGAAGAUGCCAAUGAAAAUUUAGAAAAAGCAUUGCUUAAGGCUUUAAACAAACUGAAUAAUUACUUAACUACCCCCUUGCCUGAAGAAAUAGAUGCCUAUAGCACUGAAGACAUCACUGUGUCCACAAGGAAAUUUCUAGAUGGUGAUGAACUCACAUUAGCAGAUUGCAAUCUCUUGCCAAAACUUCAUAUCAUUAAGGUUGUGGCAAAGAAGUAUAGAAAUUUUGAAUUUCCAUCUGAAAUGACUGGUAUCUGGAGGUAUUUGAAUAAUGCAUAUGGUAGGGACGAGUUCAUAAAUACUUGCCCUGCAGAUCGGGAAAUAGAACAUGCCUAUUUGGAUGUCGCAAAAAGAAUGAAAUAAAUCAAGAAUGUUUGGUGUCUUACAUUUCUUCUGUGAGUGUGAUUUUUUUAAAGAAAUCAAAAAGCAAAACAUCCAUUGAGCAGCAAGGUUUUUAAGUUAUGAAAUGGAGAAAUUUUCCUGGUACAAUUAUUUUAUCAAUCAUCUACUUAUUGAAAUGUAUACUGGGCAUGAUUUUGUGC